AAUGACAAGAAGAUCCUGGAACUCAUGUCCAACAUCAUCCAGCUGCUGACUGGAGAGGUUGCCAUAAGGACUCAUCAUGUUUCAAUCUAUUUUUCUUUGGACGAGUGGGACUAUAUAAAGGGAAACAAGGAACUUUACGGGGAAGAGAUAAAGGUGGAUCCCCAACAGCUCUGCCCACUGGCAGCCUGUGAGUAUAAAGAUGAGAGCAAUGUUACAGCACAUAUGGAAGCAACUUUAUACUGUAAUAAUAACGGAAAUCAUAUGAACCCUGGAAUGUAUUCAAUAGAACCGUCCCCACCAGCCAAUGGGAUUAAAGAGGAAGCAACUUCAUGUGAAGAGGGAAACCAAUCAAAUUACAGCAUUAAUCCACUUACAGAACAGAUACAGAGAACAGAUACACCUACUCCUAUCAUGGGAUGCAGCCUGAAUAACAGCUUGGCAGAAACUUGUAUAUCUGUUGUUAUUAAAGAGGAAGCUGCUUCAUGGGAAAAUGGAAACCAAUCAGAUUGCAGCAUUAAUCCACUUACAGAACAGAUACAGAGAACAGAUACACCUACUCCUAUAAUGGAAUGCAGCCUCUUAAAAAUGAAGGCUAAUAAAUAUGAUGUAAAUCCAUAUUGGUCACCAAAAAACAUAUUACGUAGAAAAUACAGUUGCAAUGAGGGCCAUAAAUAUCUGAUUCACAAGAGAGACUUUGAUAAACAUCAAAUGACCCACAAAAGACAGAAAUCUUUUUCUUGUUCUGAAUGUGGGAAAUGUUUUGCCUCUUCAUCAGACCUUGCUGUUCAUCUAAGUCAAAUGCACACAGGAGAGAAACCUUUUUCCUCUUCAUCAGGACUUACUGCCCACCAACAAGGAGCCCACAUGAAGGGAAAACCUUUUUUCUGUUCUGAAUGUGGGAAAUGUUUUUCAAAACGUUGUCACUUUGCUCGUCAUCAAAUGAUUCACAAUGGAGAAAAACCUUAUUCUUGUUCUGUGUGUGGGAAAUGUUUUUCAUACCCAUCUUACUGUAACUCCUAUUUGGGCUGCAUAGCACACAUAUAG